AUGAGGACCGAGAUCUCCACGGCGGCCGCGUUCGUCACCCGCCUCCUGCGGGCCGCCGGCGGGGUCGGCGAGGAGCAGCUGCGGUGCUUCCGCGAGUGCCUGCAGGAGGCGAUGCGCGAGCACUACAGGCACCACUGGUUCCCCCUGGUGCCCUCCAAGGGCUCCGGCUACCGCUGCAUCAGGAUCAACCAUAAGAUGGACCCCUUGAUAGGAAAGGCGGCGGGGAUGAUCGGACUGAGCCACGAGAGGCUCUUCCAGCUCUUACCCAGUGAAUUAACGCUGUGGGUCGACCCCUUCGAAGUGUCCUAUCGCAUAGGUGAGGGGGUCUAUCUGUGUGCUGUACGAAAGCCCCCAGCCUGGGGGGAAGGCGGCCAAACAGCUGGAGAGCAGGACCAGCUGCAAGGAGGAGUGGAGAUUGGCAGAUCCAGCCCUUCCAAGAGUUACAACAUGAUGACGGUUUCUAGUUAAAAACAACUCUUCCCUGUACGAUGUUGUAUGUAUCCCAACCUCAUGGUAAAGUUAGAUGUAACUGAGCUUUUUUUGGUUUUAAUUUUUUUUUCACCCUACAGUCAUUAAAGUCGUGGUAGUACUGCCAAGUUCUUUGUGGCCAAGGGCUAAAUGUAUAAAGCAGUUCUUUACACUGCAUGUUCCUUUCUGGGCUGUGUCCUGUAAAUGCACUGUACAGUUGGUGGAUUGUUUUACACAUUUAUAUUUUCGAAAAAGUUCUGCGUAUUUGUAAUAAAAAGCAAUAUUGUAGCAAUCUUUAUGAUGGGUUUUAGUCAAAAUUAGUACUUGCUAAAAAACAAUCUCUAAUUUGCAGAGCAGUAACGCAAAGGGGGGUGGGAAACAGAUCUAACAAACUGCACGUAAAUCUUUCCAGUGAUUUGUCUGCACAGACUUCUCUCAGGGUCAUUCAAGUUUGACUGUGAGGCACAAAUCACAGAUAUAACUCUUUAUUUUUCCCUUUUCAAAGCAUGCUUUUAUUUGAGGGCUGGGUUCCAUCACACCCCAAUAUUUUAGCAAAAAGAAAUGGGGAAUGAAUUAGUUGUCUGGUUAUUUCUAGUUAUGGGAGUAGAAAAAUAAAGACUUGCUUAAAAUGCUUCUGA